GAAAAUGAAAAUAUGAAACAGUCACUAUAAAUGAGAAAAGUGAAGAUAAACCGGUACGCUGUAUGAGUGGCCAUGGUGGCCGCGAAACAAACAAGAAACAAAAACGCAGUAAAGCUAUAACCAAAUUCAGCUUCGCUCCGCCACCAUGUCGUCCUCGCUUUCCCUCUCCUCUCUAUCUUCCAUCACCCACCACCGUCCCCUCCGCCGCCUCGGCCGCCACGUGCCAUCCCCAAUCCCAUCACACUCCGUCAAAUGCUCCGCCAACAACAACAAACCCCCGACCACCAAGCCGGCCUCAUGGGUUAGCCCCGACUGGCUCACCUCCCUCACGAAAUCCCUCACGACGUUCGGCCCCAAGGACGAUUCCACCAUCCCCGUCGCCGCCGCGAAGCUGGAGGACGUGUCGGACCUCCUCGGCGGGGCCCUCUUCCUGCCGCUCUUCAAAUGGAUGAAAGAGUACGGGCCCAUCUACCGCCUCGCCGCUGGGCCAAGGAAUUUCGUGAUCGUCAGUGACCCGGCCAUUGCCAAGCACGUGCUGAGGAACUAUGGCACGAAAUAUGCCAAGGGGCUUGUUGCAGAGGUUUCCGAGUUCCUGUUUGGCUCCGGCUUCGCAAUUGCCGAAGGCUCUCUUUGGACGGUAAGGCGGAGGGCCGUGGUCCCAUCUCUUCACAAGAAGUACUUGUCGGUAAUAGUUGAACGGGUCUUUUGCAGAUGUGCCGAGCAACUAGUCGAGAAGCUAAAGCCGGACAUGCUUAGUGGCUCUGCUGUAAAUAUGGAGGAAAAAUUUUCACAGCUCACUCUCGAUGUUAUCGGGCUUGCAUUGUUCAAUUAUAAUUUCGACUCUCUCACGGCCAAUAGUCCGGUUAUUGAUGCAGUUUAUACUGCUCUAAAGGAGGCAGAGCUACGCUCGACUGAUCUACUGCCAUAUUGGAAGGCAGGUGUUAUUCCUCGACUUAGGAGAACAAUAAAUGCUUUGUGUAAAGUCAUUCCUAGACAAAUUAAGGCUGAAAAAGCUGUGUCUCUAAUAAGACAAAACGUUGAGGAACUGAUUGGAAAGUGUAGAGAGAUAGUGGAGAGUGAGGGCGAGAGGAUAAACGAGGAGGAAUAUGUGAAUGAUACAGAUCCAAGCAUCCUUCGGUUUUUGCUUGCUAGCCGGGAAGAGGUUUCGAGCACCCAAUUGAGAGAUGAUCUUUUGUCCAUGUUAGUUGCCGGUCAUGAAACGACUGGAUCAGUGUUAACUUGGACGGCUUAUCUGCUUAGUAAGGACCCAUCAUCUUUAAGGAAAGCACAAGAGGAAGUCGAUAGAGUUUUACAGGGCCAGCUUCCCACAUACGAAGAUAUAAAGAAUCUGAAGUUCUUGACCCGCUGUAUAAUGGAGUCUAUGCGUCUAUAUCCUCAUCCACCUGUCUUGUUACGAAGAGCUGAGGUGGCAGAUGUGCUACCUGGCAACUACAAGGUCAAUGCAGGUCAAGAUAUCAUGAUCUCCGUGUACAAUAUCCAUCACUCUUCACAGGUUUGGGAAAGUGCAGAUGAGUUUGUGCCGGAAAGAUAUGAUUUAGAAGGCCCGGUUCCUAACGAAACAAAUACGGAGUUUAGAUUUAUCCCGUUCAGUGGGGGCCCGCGUAAAUGUGUUGGAGAUCAAUUCGCUUUACUUGAAGCCAUUGUAUCUCUUGCCGUAUUUUUGCAGCACUUGAGCUUCGAGUUAGUCCCUGACCAAACUAUCGGCAUGACUACUGGAGCCACUAUACACACAACAAACUUUGGUCUCGGUUUCCCUACUCUUUGGGCUUCAUCCUCGGCCCAACCCACAAAGGUUAAUAGGCCAGGCUUUGCCAUCAAUGAAGUGCCAAAAGGAUGGGACAGGCUAUUUGUGACUUUAAUUCAUGUGGAAACAGGAAGAACAAUGGCAAAAUUGGGAAAAGCACUUGUUAGAAAUGGUAGCUGCCAAUGGAUAGAUACAAUAUCUGAAUCUAUCUCCAUCACAAGAGAUGAUUCUUCUAAAGAAUAUGAAGAAUGCCUGGUCAAGCUGAUUUUGUCCAUGGGCUCAACAAGAUCCAGCAUUCUUGGAGAAGCAAAUAUAAAUCUGGGACAGUUUGCAAGUUCAAGAGUCUCAAGUGCAGUUUCACAGUCUCUAAAGAAAUGCAUUUAUGGGACAAUUUUGCAGAUUUUCUGCACGUCCAGGGAUGAAGAGUCAAAAAGCUCAAGCUUUCGAGAAAAAGAUCGACACUUGCUCAAUCACGAAAUCGACACCAAUUUAUACACAUCCGAUAAUCCAAGCGAAAGUACUCCGAGGGCUGCUGACCUGGCAGCGACCUCAAGUCCUAGAAAGUUAGAUAGCAAGGAAACAAGUCAAACCUCGCCUAUUGAGUCAAUGGAGGGGUCCAUUUUGGGAGAAAAUCUAUCGACCCAACGUUCGUUCGAGAGUGAAAAGUGUAAAUUUUUUGGAAAUCAAGUAGAGGGCAUCUACGACAUUGCUUCCUCAAAGAACCUUCUAGAAGCUUCCGAACGCACGGCCGAAGCCAAAAUGUGGGAGAGGAACGCGAGGAAGCUAAUGGUUGAUUUGGACCUAUCGAGAAAAGAACUUUCCGAUGUCUCGAAAAAACACUCGGAAUUAACAAUCGAGCUGUCGGCCGCGCGUGCUGAGCACGACAGCCUAAAUAGAGAAGUGGAGAAGUUAAAGCUCGAGUUGAAAAAAUCGAGCGAGAAUCAGUGUACUCAAGAUAUGAUCGCCAAAUCCGAAAAUCUGAGUCAGAUGCAGAAGGUAUUGGAAAAUGAAAUGAAAUAUCAGCAAGAUUUAAAUGAAAAUAUCGGUCACCAACUUAAAAUAAGCCAGGAGUCGAAUAUCGAGCUUGUUUCUGUUCUUCAAGAGCUUGAGCAGACCAUAGAACAACAGAGGAUCGAGAUAGAGAAGCUUUCGUCUCUAAAGAAAUUGGAAGCCGAUUUUAAGUUGCUCGAGCAAGUCUUGAGAGAUAAAACCGAUGAUUUGGAUAACGAGCGAAGGUCGAACAGAGAAAAUCUGUUGCUUCUCGAAAAAGAUUUCGAAUUUAAGUUAUCUGCAAAAGAAGAGGAGAUUGCGAGUUUAGAGGCAACUUUGUCGGGUUAUGUUAAGGGCGAUCAUUUCGAGGCGUUGGAUGAUAAUAACGAGAACAAUUCGGAUCUCGUUAGAGAAAACGAAAUGUUGAGAGGAAAAAUUCGAGAGUUGGAAAAGGAUUGUGGGGAGCUCACGGAUGAGAAUCUCGAGCUUUUGUUCAAGCUCAAGGAUUUGAAAAAAAUCGCGGGAAUCGAAAAAUGUUCUUUUGACUCGAAUGUUUGUCCGAGUGACGAGUCCGAAGCAAGUGAGAAUAAAUUUCGAGUUUCAGUUAAAACCGAGGUUGAGAAGAAUUUAGAAGCGUUAGAAAGAAAAAAGAACGAGUUGGAAAGUGAUUUAUCGGGAAUGCAGGAAGAAAAUGUUCGGUUAUGGGAGAAUGUAUCGGGUCUGGAAAGUCAAAUUACGCGAUUGAAAGACGAAUGUAUGAAAGAAAGAGAGCAUUCGAAAUCUUUGGCUAAGAGUCUUAAGGACGAUAUUGAGAAACUCAAAAGAAAAUCCCAAGAUUUGGAGAGUCAACUGUCCAGAGCUCAAGAAGAGUGUGAGUACCUUAAAGAGGAGAAUAUAAAUUUACAGAACUCAAAUACGAAAGCCUCUCGUGAAAUUUCGCAUCUGAUAGACGACAAGGCUAAGCUUCGAGAUUCACUUCAGGAAGCUCGGUCGAAAACCGAGCUCAUCGAAGAUAAACUGAAAGCGGCAGUGCGAGAAUAUGAGUUAAAAAUUGAAGAUUUGACAGGUCAGCUAGCUUCUUCUGAACAAAGUCACAAGAAUCUGGUGGCUGAACAUGAAAAUUACAAAAUAAGUGAAGAGAAAUUGAAGAUUGAACUGAAUGAGCUCGAAUCAAAUCGUACAAUGUCCGAACAUGAAAGGCAGACAAUUAUGAAAGAAAUGGAUACUUUGAAGGCUCAAAUGCAAGAUGAAAUUUCAAUCUUAAAAGAUGAGCUCGAAAGAUGUAAAGCUGAUAAGGGAAAACUAGAGCAUUCGCUGAAGAUAGUUUCUAAUGAUUCGGAAGAAUUCGAGGCCGAAAAUUUAUUGCUUCGUGAAAAAAUAUCGAUUUUUCAAGAUGCUAUUUCUGAUUUCGAUGAAUGCAAGAGAAGUACAUUAGUCCUACAAGAAAAGCUUCGUCAAGUGGAGAGCGCGAAAGAGACAGUUUCCACCAAGAAUGAAGAACUUAAUGACGAGCUGCGCAAUAUAAAGGAAGAAAACGAGCGAUUUCGGAUGAAGGUUCGUAGACUCGAGGAGGAGAAUAUCGAGAGCUUAAAGAAAUCACAAGCACUUGAAGAGGAACUAAAGUUGAUGAAGGAGAGGGAUAAUAAUAAUAAACUUCAUAAAGAGGGCGCAAAAAGUCGUAACUCAGCAGGUCACAAGUACAAUUCUGUUUCUUCUAAAAAGCCAUCUACUAAUGGUGAGGUAGUGACAAAGGAAAGGUACGAAAGAACAAAAUCAUCACUCGAGACCGAGCUCAGAGAACUCAAAGAACGCUACUUGCAAAUGAGCUUAAAGUAUGCAGAAGUCGAGUCCCAACGUGAGGAUCUUGUUAUGAAGCUCAAAGCAAGCAGAGGAGGAAGAAAGUGGUUCACGUGAAAUCAGAUUUAUCACAAUUUCCAUAAGUGUCCCUAUACAAAAAUUUGAGUUAUACAAUGUAUAUACUGUUAGUUAGCACUCCCAGCUUAACCAGAGGUCUCGAGUUCGAGCCCUGAGAAUGCAGUUGUGUUAAAACUCUUGAGGUAGAGCUUUGCAGCCCUUGUGGUCCUACCCGGCUCGAUUUCGGAUUAGUCGGUCCCCUAGGGGAUUCGGAAACCGGAAGGUUCAUUGUACCAAAAAAAAUUAAAAAGUCUUUCACA